GCUGGUCCCGAGAAGAAGAGGGUUGAUGUUCUCCGGCUCGUCAAGCAUUGCUGGACGAAGCACGGCGAGGAAUCUGAAGCCGAUCUGCCACCCCGCCUCGCUGACUUCGAAACGAAGUACAACGAAUCCGUUGACAGGCAGCGUGCGGCACGAGGCUUGACCCAGGAGGACGACCUCGAUUCCGAUGCGGAUGAUGAGGCGGCCAUUGAGGCGGCCGGGGUUUACAAGGGCCGGGUUCCGUGCUUGGGGGCCGAGGGGCAACGGAUUUUGUAUGAUCGAAGCACCGGCGCUUCCUCUUCUCGGUCAAGGCGGGGAGAAGAUCCCCGUAUUGCUACGAUGCAGCGUGAACUAGAGGAGCAUGAACGACGAUGGGAGGAGCAGCGGAAAGCAGAUGCUGCCACAAAAGCCCGGUUGGAGGAGAUGGAACGGUACAUGCGUGCCGGAUUCCAGCCUCCGCAACAGCCUUUUCCUCCCCCGUAC